ACUCAUUCAAUUUUUAAUCCCUCAACUACCUAACGCUCUCGCUCAUGGUCGCAUGAUCAUCGGCCAUCCACCAGAAAACAAAAACGUGUUGAUCAACUCGGAAGCAUUCGGAUAAAUAUGAUCUGUGACGUUUGUGAUGUGUGACAAUAUUUUAAUAGUUCUGAUUUUUUCCCCAUCGAUUCUACCUUGAUCCUCUUCCAUGCCUACAUCAGAAAUAGAUGUCAUUUUUGCUGCCAAAGGAAAGGCGAAAGCCGUGGAACUUACUCCCCUUCCAUCCGUCAAGAAGGAGAAAAGAAAGAAAAGAAAAGACAGACCUCCCACCAGCGAUAAAACAAAGGAGAUCAGUCGAUCUUCAGAAUCAAAAACACUGAAAAAACGACCACCUCCCGAGACUAUUGUAGAUCCGUCAUUCAAAUCUUCCAGCAGUAGUAAACGUCCAAAGUUGGAUGCCUCAGUUGCUUCACAGCGUGAAAAGGUUCAUCACGAGAUGCACAAAGAGGACGAAGACCGUUUCAAGGAUUCGAGGGGUUCUGCACCUAGACGAAAAACUGAUGAUGGCUUCAACAUAUACAAGGAAGAUGAGCUAGGUAUAUCCAAUACCGGAGGAGACACAUCACUGUGUCCUUUCGAUUGCGAAUGUUGUUUUUGAACGGUGGUUGCUCUAUCUGUAGCGUUACAUGCAAGAAGAUAUCCGUGUAUUCACUAUCAGACAUCCGGCACAAGUCUGCGAGAUGGUCGGA